AUGGCUCAGAAAUGUGUACACAAAGGCUGUGGGAAGCUCUUCAGUGACCCAGAAGACCCGUGCGUCUAUCACCCGGGCCCACCUGUCUUUCACGAGGGUCAGAAGGGAUGGAAAUGCUGCAAACCGCGAGUGCUCACGUUUGACGAGUUUAUGACAAUUCCUCCCUGCACGACUGGAAAGCAUACGACCGUCGACGAUGCACCCGCCGAAGAUCCGAAACCCAACAACGAAGAAGUCGAAGCGAAAAUCAAAGCCCAGCAAGAAAAGAAAGACACACUCCCUCCGCCCGUUGCCCGAGCACCCGUCGCUGCUUCAACACCACAACCCGCCGCAAGUCCCGCACCCCCUGAAGAGGAAGACGAUGACCCUUCACUUCCUAUUCCCGACAACGCCAGCUGUAAGAGGAAAGGAUGUGGAGUUCAAUACAGAUCAGGACAAAACCGAGACGAGGAGCAAUGCGUACAUCACCCCGGACAAGCUAUCUUCCACGAGGGCAGCAAAGGAUGGACAUGUUGCAAGAGACGCGUGCUGGAGUUUGACGAGUUUAUGAAGAUUCAAGGCUGCAAGACCAAGUCACGGCAUCUCUUCGUGGGCAAAAAGAAGGACGCAGAUGCGGAGGAGCUGGUGAAUGAGGUCCGGAACGACUUUUAUCAAACGGCCACAACAGUGAUUGCAUCCUUAUACUUGAAGAAGAUCGACAAGGACCGAUCAAAAGUGGAGUUCUCGGAGGAUGGAAAGGCGGUGGAAUUGGAUCUGGUGACGAGCGAUAAGAAGCGAUACCAGACGACAAUGCUGCUGUUUGGUCCCAUCGAUUUGAAGGAGAGCAAGUUCAAGAUUAUGGGUACAAAGCUGGAACUUACCUUGGCGAAGGCGAGUACAGCGGGCUGGCCGGUGUUGCGGGCAACAGAUCCUCAUACUGGAGAGAUCAUCCAGGCUGGCCGUGCGGGGAGGGUGUGA